UCCCAUGUUAAUUCGAAGGUUAAUGAUACAAUCUGCAUCUAUAUCUACGCCUUAUCCGGCCGGAAAGGCAAUGGGCUGGACCGAGAUACUUUCCGAGAGAGACAAGAGCUCCAAGAAGACUCGUCCUCGAAUGACAAUCCUGCGGUUGUGGACGGCCCGCCCGGAUCUGCCUCUCAGCUCUUUUUCGUGCCUCCAGUGGGGCAUAGACAGAUGUUUGCCACCGAUCAGAAGAUCCUAGCAGGCAUUCAAUUGAAAGACGGUUCAUGCGAGCCUGGUGUGCGAGAUGCUUUGUUCGUGACGCCAUUUCGUGGGGAAGUACCGGCUAUCAAGUUCUGUUCCGUUCAUUCAAUAUGAAAGCUCACGUAUCUUGUGUCAGGUCCACCGAUGGUUCGAAACAGACAGGUAGGGGGAGAAUUCUACCCGCUUCUCGAGAAUGGCUGACACUCACAUCCUGGUGCCAGAGAAUCGAUGUGAACAUCAACAUCUGGGCAGAGAGGACUUGCAGUCCAGGAAUGGUACCAACCUCCACCAGAGCUCAUCGCACACA